GUAUCAGGACUUAUCUUUACUCAUUAGGUAAACACUGACGACAUGUUAUCCACGGAAGAACAAUCCAUUAUUCAACAAUGGUUAUUUCAAUUUCGGUUAUCUAGCCGCAUUCGGAAGGUGUCUCGUGACUUAUCUGAUGGAGUAUUGGUAGCGGAAAUCCUUCAUCAAUUAUUUCCACGUUUAGUGGACUUGCACAACUACACCAAAGGUUUCGCCACCGCUCGCAAAUUGGACAACUGGGAGACGCUCAACCGAAAGGUGCUGAAAAAGUUAGGCAUUUACUUGACCCCGGAUAUCAUUCUCUCCGUCACACAGGGAACUCCUGGAGCAGCGUACGACAUCCUAAUGGAAAUUAUGAUCGCAGCCGAACGGAAUGGAAUAGAAUGUCUUUAGAAUAGGCUUUUUUCGGAAAAGUAUAUUUAAAUCUCACUAUUUCAUUACUCUUAAAAUAUAUUGUUCAA